CUAGAGGGCCAGCUUGGCCGGAGGCGGGUGCCGUCCGGUUAGCUUCGCGUGCUCGCUGGCCGCCGGCAGCGGAUCGCUCGGCCCGCCGUGCUUUUGAUUUGCCCCCCGGGAGAGGGUGUUUUCUUUGUCGCUGUAGAACUUAGAGCCCGGCGUAUCGACCAGAUUGGUUUCUGGACUUCGAGCGAAGCGAGCUACCGUCGUGUGGGCAAUGCAAGCUGCAGGAGCAGUCACCGUGUUCUCCUUUCGUGGAGCACAGACGGCUGGGGCCGGUAGAAUGCGGAAGAUGGAGCGUGUCAAUAGAGCUUUCAGGAGGUAGGAGGGCGAGAGUGCGAAAAAUUAUCCUAAUAAACCAAACACCUAGGGUGGGGGCGAAUACAAACUGAACUGGUAGUAGAGCCGCUGGAGGCGAGUUGGUAAGGAGAGACCGCAUGAGGCGUCCAGGACCGGCGUGUGACAACGUUGUGAGCGUGAGAUGCAAGCUUGGAUGUCUUGCAAAGGAGAUCCAGUCGUGUGUGUUUUAAUAGUCGAGUUAGGUGGGAUCCCAUCCGAGUGCUCUAAUGUGUUGAUCAGCUGCAGAGUCUAGCCGGACGCUCCAGUUCCCUCGUUGCCCUGCAUUUUCAAAAGACUACAUCUCUACCAAUCAAGCAGAACCACAACAACAACGAACCAGCACGAUGGACGAGCUGCUCCGCGUGCACGAGCGGAUGUCCACCGCGGAGAACCCGCUGGGUGCGAAUCCGGAGGCGAACCGCAACCCGUUCGACAUCCUGAAUGGGAAUAUGCAUUGCAAAUAGUAUCGUACUUACUAGUAUAAAUUGCAUCACAAAUUUUGGCAAGAAGAAAAGUGGAAUUUGUAAUGCUGUUUUACCCUAGGCCUAGGAAGGAGAUUUGUCAUGUAUAUUUGCAAUUAGUACGACUACGAUACUUUUGCACAGGAUAGGGAAAACCAUGGAACAAAACCUCCCGACGCCCGGCGGGAUGCCGCCCAGCGCGUCGGGCGUUCCCAGCGGCGGCUUCGCAGGCUUGUCGAAAGAGGAGGUCGAGCAGCUGAUGGGCGGAGCGUCGCCGGAGGAGAUGGCUCAGUGGUCGCCAGAACAGUUGGAUGAGUACUUGAAAAGGUACGAGAAGUUGAUCACGAAAAACCGGUCGGAGCAAAUGAACAAAUCCAUGCUGGGAAAGAUAGACAGCGAGGGCGCGGCAGUGGUGGAGCCGGUGCCAGGUACAAAAAGAGAUUUUUGUUGCAGCUGUGGUUUUGCAUUACAUACCUACGCAACUCUGAAUAGUUCCAUGCGUGUUGAAGUUGCAUGACAAAAUUGCGUAGAAAAUCUAUACCUGUAUUACAUACCAUCAAAAGGUUUCGUCCUGAAAACUGCCUACCGGCAGGGCGCGCCGAACCUGAUCCAGGGGAGCGGGGCGAAUCAGAAAUCCAACGCGCAUAUGAACUGCAAAAAUGUCGUACUGGUGUAAAUGCAUUACAAAUUUCCUCAGCAUGAGAAAUGAAAUCUGUAAUGCGGACUUGACUUAACAAAAAGAUUUGUAAUGCACGUUUGCACUACGAAGACGAAUGCGAUACUUUUGCACAGGAUAGCGCAGACGAAGCUGUUCAUCAACAUUUGCAGUCACGAAAUGGUAGAGAAACCGCACAUAUGCAUUGCAAAGAUGUCUGGUUCUGGAAGCAGAAUGCAAGUUUGUCAUGCUUGUCUGGCAUGACUGAAGAGAAAUCUUCGUUUGUCUUUGUGAUGCGUGUCCAAGAAGAGAUUUUUUUGCUUGUCAUGCAGCCCUGCAUUUUGUCAUGCGAAAAACGCAAUACUUGGACUCGACCGCGCAAAUUUUUCUCGUGGUUGCUUAUGCAUUACAGAACAUUCACUAUUCCCAGCCUCGCAUUACAAAUUUUCAGGCUUAGACAUGUUUGCAAUGCAUAGCACAUGCAGUCCCUGAUGGCAGAGCAAACCGGGAGUGCGGAAGAGGAGCAUAUCGCAAGAGAAAAGUGUUACAGUUGUUACACACAUAGUCUAUGCAAGACCGGCAACACAGACAACCUCUCUCAUGCAGGAAAUGCUUGGGGGCUUCGUUUCCUUCCUGUUUUCCCUUAUGAUAUUCGCAUUGCAAGUUUUCUCUGCCACAUAGAGAAAAUUUGUGAUGCAGAAACUCCAACAAAUGGGUAACUGUAACACUUUUUUCUUGUGAUAGAGCAGGGGUUGAGAAUACCCGUGUCUGUGGGGCCGCCCAUAGAAGAUUUCGAUAAGAAGAAGGUACGCUUAGACUUGGCUGGACUCUGUCAUGCAAUUUUUUACAUGAAAAACUUGCUCUGUCAUGCGUGGUAACCUUGUUGUUCUUCAUCUGAUAUGCACUUCACAAAAAUGAUCAAACCCACUAGGAAGCCUGCAUCGUGAUCGACGUGCUUGUGCACCCCAUGGUGGUGGAAAAUUGCGAAAAGGAAGCGGAAUCGAUUACUACAAUGAAAAAUGCCCCCAACCCCGAAUUUGCAAAAGUUUGUCAUGCAAAGUUUCCAAAUGAUAAUGAAAGGCUUUUGUCUUGCAUGAAAGGACUGCGAGCUUUUCUGAUGCAGAAUCUAGGUGCGUGAGGUGUCUUUUGCAUAACAGAUGCGGCUGCUGUUGGGCUCCUCUGCAACACAGACUUGGGCUCUUCAGCAUGAAAAAUUUGUGAUGCUGAGAUAUGCAAGACGGGGAACGUUUCCAUUGGAAAGGUUUGCAAUACAAAUACUGCCAAGUGCUGGGGUGGGGGCGUUUUUCAUUGUAAUAUCGAAGCUAAUGGUCCAAGAGUUCGCGAUCAACGCCAUCCAGCAGAAGUAUAAGUGCGCAUUAGACACGCAGAACGUCAAAUACCCGAAGAUCAAGUACAAGGGCCUAUCAAAUGCAAAUAUGUCUGGGUCUGGAAACUUGUGAUGCUGGUUGAGAAAGACGAGGGCGCCUCAAUUGGGUGGCAAGUAUGACAAGUUUUGGAGGUCCUACAGUCUUGGCCUUUCUGCAUGACAGAGUGAGCUUCUGCAUGACAGAAAAGUGGGGCUCUUGGGUAAUGUGCAUGACAGACUUGAGAGUCAUGUCAGACAAGCAUGACAAACUAACUUUCAUUCUUCCAGACCCAGACACAUUUGCAUUUGAUAGGGCCCGUUGCAGUACCAAAGAAUCCGCGUCACCAAGAAGUCGCAGAUCCAAGAAGAAGGGAGCUCCAGUUCCGGGGUGGGCGGUAUCCAAGAAAAAAACUGUGUUACAGUGUAUACUUUCUUCGGCUGACAGCAUUACAGCUUUGCUCUACAUGAUAGAGAAAACCUGUCAUGCGUGGCUUGUAAGGGAACAUACACAGCACGGAAAGAGGACUUCAUGGCUGUCUGGCAUGACAGCUGUAACUCUUUUGCAUGUUCUGCAUUUUUACAGAGUUGUACUCGCAGUUUUUUUCUUGCAUAGGCGGGGACGGCGAUGCAGUAACGGAGAACAAUAAACCGAAAGAAAAAGUCGAGGUGAUAGAACGCCCAGAAUUCGAAGUUUGGUACUACGCGCGGGAAGAGGACAUUGAUGAAGAAACAAAUAGAAGUAUGGAGAUCGAGCAAGACGACACAACAUCAACAACUACAUCAAAAAAAACCCGACUAAACGGUUUCGAUCUCCCCUGUUACAACACGAAAGAGUCCUUUGCGGAGAAUUUUCGGAAAAAACAAGGCUGGGUGAAAAAUGAGGAGGACUCGGAAACAGCCACAGGGGAAAAGAUGCUGGAGCAGUUGUUACAAACCCAGUUCCCGUUUUUCGUGUGCCGGAUUUUUCUCCCGAAACUGAAGAGGUGGAACAUCGCGAAACAGUGCUAUUUGACCAUCAGCGACGAGGGAUUUCGGCUGAUGUUUUUAUCCAAGGAAGCAAAGUACAUGCCGCUGGUGAUGUGGUUUCCAUUAGCGAAAGGAUUCUGCAGUUCGCAAGCCGUGUGCGAGUGGGACGCCGGGGAGAAAGUAAUGGAGAUUAGAAUACCGGUAUCAACACGAAAAAUCCCCCCUCCCCAUAUGAAAAUAAAAAUUUGUGAUGCUAAUUUGUGGUCACAAAUCAUCUUUGUCUUGCCUAUAGGCGAAUAGGAGCCAUGUGGCGCAUUCCAAAGCCAAUCUGUCAUGCGCUUUCGACUACGGCAAACCUGUCUGCCAUGCGUUAUUGCUAGCCUUCUGCAUACCCGAACAGCCUUAGGAAAUGCCGCCAAGUACUUCCUGCAAGAGAAAGCUGAUUUGUGUACGCAAAUCCAGCAUCACAAACUUCGUUUUGAUAUGUGCUGGGGGGAUUUUUCCUCACAAUAAGCGGUGGUGCAGCCGGAGUUGGUGAACGAGGAGGGCAGCUAUCCACAGUAAAUUUCCCCGACACGUACAAAUGCAGUCUCUGCAUGAUGAAACUUGCCUUCAAUCCUAGUCUAGCAUGACAAGUUGGACACUGCAAGUUAGCGAAAUUUGUAAUGCAUUUUGUACAUGUACGGGAAAUUUACAUUGCAUAGCAGCAGCUUGCUGGAUGACGACCUGCUGAAUGAAAUUUUCUGAAUGGACUGCGAAGGCGGAACUCACAAGUGGAGAAGUAGCUCUAGCACGACAAAAACUGUAGACUUCUUCUAUUCACAACACAAAUUUCACUUCCGCGGAAAGCGAAGUAGAGAAGGAAGACAAGAUUGAAGAACA